CUCCAAUCAAUUCUACCUUCCAGUUCUCACAGGAGCUCUUCAUUGAGCCAAGAUUCACCAUUUCCCCCACCAGGGGGUGUAAUAGAGAUUCUCCAUUACAAGAACUACAUCUCCCAUGCCUCUUCCUUCGCCCUGCCCCGUUCCUGUCACGCCAGGGGCCUAGGAACUACAAUCCCCAUGAUCCAAAAGACAAAGUUGGUCCUUAGACGAAGGAGCGGGUGUUCGUUCGGCGCGCCUGAAAGAGAGGGAAGUGAAUGAGCCAGCAGGCGGGCCUUUGGCGUGGACAGCCCGGUUGCGUAUGAGGGCCUCCCCCUCUCUUUGGUUGCCUUGCUGGGUGCCCGGCCCAACUGUCAGUCAAUUAGUCCGACUGCGCGGCUGGGAAGGCGGCGGCGGUGGUUGCAGCCUCAGGCAGAGAGACCGACCCGCCUGGGAAGAGCUGAGCGCAUAGCGGAGGACUGGGCGAGUAGGAGAGGCAGGCAUACAUGUAACCCCCGCCCCCCCUUCCGGUGAACGAUGGGCACGAUGAACCCCCUCCGCCAUUAAGGGCAGAAGGACAGGCAGGCAGGUCCCCCUUCACUUCCUCCACCCCGAAAAUUGGCGGCAGUCUGUCGGGUUCCUUCUCCCACCCGUUGUUCUGCUUGGGGGCGCAGAGAUAGGCUGCUGCCCUCUCCGCUGGGGCUAAAGCAGGUAGUGUGGGUUUGCCCUGAGGCUGCUGGAGGACUGUUCCCUCCCUCUUCCUUCCCCAGCUGAGGACAGGCAGGUAGAAGCCGCCCCUCCUUUUCCCCUCUAGGGACAGACAGACUCGCCCCUCCCAGUCUUGCGGAGAAGCUGACAGACACCCUCAACCCUCUUCACCCCCAUUAGGUAAGAACCAAGGAGGCAGCCCACCCCCUUUUAAAAAAACACCUAAAAAAAACCCCCCUCCACUGGCAGGCUGACACACGGAUCCCCCCGCCUUCCUCUAGAGCCCAUUUUAUUGCGGGGGGGAUACUUUACCCAUUGGGGGGCUGCUGUUCUCUUCCCUUCCCGCCACCCCUACUCGAGAUGCCGCUGUUGCCGCUGCCUCCCCCAGUGUAGCCGAGCCCCAGUGCCGGGUGAGGGCGAGGCAUAGCCCGUCAACGUGCAAGCACCAUGGAGCGCCGAGGGGAGCCUGCCCCUCAGCAGAGCCUGGAAUUCACGGUGGAGAAUGUGGAGAAGGCACUCCACCAGUUGUAUUAUGACCCCAACAUUGAAAACAAGAACCUGGCUCAGAAAUGGCUGAUGCAAGCCCAGGUCUCACCACAAGCCUGGCACUUCAGUUGGCUGCUACUCGACAUGGACAAAGUGCCUGAGAUUCAGUACUUUGGAGCUAGUGCCCUCCACAUCAAGAUCUCGCGCUACUGGAAUGACAUCCCAGCUGACCAGUAUGAGAGCCUCAAAUCACAGCUCUUCAGCCAGAUAACCCAUUUUGCUAGUGGUUCCAAGAUUGUGCUUACCCGGCUUUGUGUGGCACUGGCUUCAUUGGCACUGAACAUGAUGCCAGAAGCAUGGCCGUGUGCUGUUGCUGACAUGGUGCGCAUGUUUCAGGCAGAGGAUUCUAAUGUGGAUGGGCAAGCACGGUGCCUUGCGCUCCUGGAGCUGCUGACUGUCCUGCCUGAGGAGUUCCAGACUAGCCGACUGCCUCAGUACCGUAAGGGGCAGGUACGUGGUGUCUUGGCUCAGGAGUGCAGUUCUGUUUUCCCCCUGCUUGAGCAACUGUUGCAGCAGCAAGACUCUCCCAGCUUCAUUAAACAGAAGGUGCUGAAAUGCUUCUCCAGCUGGGUACAGCUGGAGAUCCCUUUGAUGGAGUGUGAGAACUUGAUCCAGGCAGCCUUCACUUCCCUGCGUGAGCCAGAACUCUUUGACACAGCUGUAGAGGCCAUUGUUAAUGCAAUUUCCCAGCCUGAUGCUCAGAGGUAUGUGAAUACUCUUCUGAAGCUCAUUCCACCUGUGCUGGGGCUCCAAGACCAGCUACGCCAAGCAGUUCAAAGCAGGGAUAUGGAGAUGUCUCAUGGGAUCUGUCGUAUUGCUGUGGCCCUGGGGGAGAGUCAUUCCCGAUCCCUCCUGGACCAGGUGGACCACUGGCAGAGCUUCCUGGCACUAGUCAACAUGAUAAUGUUCUGUACUGGGAUUCCAGGACACUAUCCUGUCAAUGAGACCACCAGUUCACUUACACUCACCUUCUGGUAUACACUACAGGAUGACAUCCUUUCAUUUGAUUCAGAAAAGCAGGCCAUGUAUCAGCAGAUAUAUCGGCCUGUCUACUUCCAGUUGGUGGAUGUGCUCCUGCACAAAGCACAGUUUCCAUCUGAUGAAGAAUAUAGCUGCUGGUCCUCUGAUGAAAAGGAACAGUUUCGCAUAUACCGAGUGGACAUCUCUGACACCUUGAUGUAUGUAUAUGAAAUGCUUGGAGCAGAGCUGCUUAGCAGCUUAUAUGACAAGUUGGGCCGCCUCCUGACCAACACAGAGCAGCCAUCCUCAUGGCAGCAUACAGAAGCUUUGCUUUAUGGAUUCCAGUCCAUCGCAGAGACCAUAGAUGUAAACUACUCAGACGUUGUGCCUGGCCUCAUCGGGCUCAUCCCUCACAUCAGCAUCAGCAAUGUGCAGCUUGCAGAUACGGUUAUGUUCACCAUAGGAGCCCUCUCAGAGUGGCUGGCUGACCAUCCCGUCAUGAUCAACAAUGUGCUGCCCCUGGUGCUACAGGCUCUGGGCAAUCCUGAGCUUUCAAUCUCCAGUGUCUCCACCCUUAAGAAAAUCUGCCGUGAAUGCAAGUAUGACUUGCCUCCAUAUGCUGCCAACAUUGUUGCUGUUUCCCAGGAUGUGCUAAUGAAGCAGAUACACAAGACAAGCCAGUGCAUGUGGCUGAUGCAAGCUCUGGGCUUCUUGCUAUCUGCUCUCCAAGUGGAGGAGAUCUUGAAGAACCUGCACUCGCUCAUCACUCCUUACAUCCAGCAGCUGGAGAAGUUGGCUGAUGAGACGCCUAACCCCUCUAAUAAGCUGGCCAUCAUCCAUAUCCUGGGCCUACUCUCCAAUCUCUUCACCACGCUGGACAUCAGCCACCAUGAUGAUGAUCAUGAGAGCGCUGAAGUCAAGAAGCUGCCAGUGCCUCAAGGCCCCAAUCCAGUAGUGGUGGUGCUACAGCAAGUCUUCCAGCUCAUCCAGAAAGUGCUCAGCAAGUGGCUGAAUGAUGCCCAGGUUGUGGAGUCUGUGUGCUCCAUCUUUGAGAAGUCUGUGAAGACCCUGCUGGAUGACUUUGCACCCAUGGUGCCUCAACUGUGUGAGAUGCUGGGCCAGAUGUACAGCACCAUUCCCCAGGCAUCUGCUAUCGACCUCACCCGGCAGCUGGUUCACAUCUUUGCCCAUGAACCUGCCCACUUCCCACCCAUCAAGGCGCUGUUUCUGCUCGUCACAUCCGUUACACUAACACUCUUUCAGCAAGGGCCCAGGGAUCAUCCUGAUAUUGUUGAUUCAUUUAUGCAACUCCUGGCACAGGCGCUCAAACGGAAACCUGACUUGUUCCUGUGUAGCAGCCUGGAUGUCAAAGCAGUGUUCCACUGUGGUGUGAUCUCCUUGAAGUUCCCUGAAACACCAACUGCCAAAUCCGCCUGUGGCUUUUUUACUGAACUGUUGCCACGCUGUGGGGAGAUUCCACCUGUGGGACAGGUGGUACAUGAGAACGGCAAAAUGCUGCUGCAGGCUGUGCUUGAGGGUAUAGGUGGCCAAGCCUCACGCAAUUCAAUGGAACAGUUUGCCGAGAUCCUCUUUGUUCUAAACAAGCAUUGCUUCAGUUACUUGAGCAUCUGGAUCAAGGAAGUGAUGCAGCAGGAUGGUUUCCCAUCAACCCGUGUUAGCCCUGAACAGAAGGAAAUCUUUAGCCAGCAAAUUCUCAGCAGAGAGCGUGUGAAUAAACGACGUGUGAAGGAGAUGGUAAAGGAGUUCACAUUGCUGUGUCGGGGACUGCAUGGCACCGAGUACACAGCAGACUACUAAGGGACCAUGUAGCAAAAACUGGAGCAUGAAAGAUCUGCUGGCCACCUGCCAUUGCCCUACACUGCUACUGAACCAGCUCAUAGGGCGAUAGCUCAACCACUAACCUGCUGAGGCUGCUCCUCUCAAGAAUGGGCUGUUUCUCCAUCCCUACUGCAUGCUCAGAGGCAGCAGGCUGCAAGGACUUGACGUGCAGACUGGAGCUGAGGAUGUCCCUUAUCCCUGCUGGAUUGGUGCAAUUACUGCCCCUCACCCCCCCGGCACACUCCUGUAGACACAUCUGUGGUAUUGUCUGUUCCUAAAGAGUCUGCCCUUGCCUUGCAUGAGGCAGCUUGUGUCUGACUGAAGUGGAAGGCCCUGCAGCCUUGAAUUAUAUUAAGGCUAUUUCUAAGCUGUGGUUAUUGGUGAGUGGGCCUGGCGGGGGGUGGGGAGGAAAGCAUAGCUUUUGGAAGAUACGGGCAGGGGAGGGCUAAAGCUAUGGCACCACAGAGUGGUGGUUGUGGUGAUUCUAGUUCUAUCUGCCCUAGACCAGCUGGGGCAAUAAGUAGGGCUAUAUUAUUCCAAAAUCCAAAUUCUCCAACAAGGCAUCAGAAGCAGGGCAAGAACAGCUUCGGCCCCCAGUUCACACACAAUCAACAUAAUCACUACCGUCCUGUGGCAGUCUCUUCAAUGUCAGUUACAGCAUGGUUGCAUCAGGGGUAGAUUAGUGAUAAAUUUGGGGGCCACAAAGGCAGCUGAGAAGCAACAUUGCACCAUUUUAUAUCCUCCUACUUCCACUAUGGUGAACAUGUAAAAUAACAUGUUGCUUACUACAAAAAACCAACACUACCCCUCUCUGACAGUUUCUGUAUCUUAGCCCUCCUAUAGGACACUCCAGGUGUUGCAGCAAAGCUGCAUAGUAAAUAAGGGCACCAGGUCAAUGGCCAAGAACUGGCAUACACUGCAGACCUGCUGGUGUCCUGAUAAGGGGAAGUACUCCACAUGGUAAGUUUUUGACCUAUUCAAGUGCUGCUGCUCCCCCAGUUGCUGAUGCUGUGUAAAGGACACUCCUCUCAGUACCAAGGAGGAGAGUUACUUCUGAUGUUUACAGUAUCAGGCUCGUUCAGCAAAGCCAGACAAAAGUCAUCUUUUCCUUAGACAGUGCCCACUAGAGUUUCUCUGUCUUCCCUAGAAUUUACUCCUUCCUGUAGUACUUUUGGAAAUUCCAGUCGAUCUCUCUCCUACAAGAAAUGUCAAUUUCCUUUCUUGCUGGCAUGCACCAAGCAUCUUUCUUAGGCUCUCCCCGACUCAAACUCUCCACAUUUCAGCCAGAUCGCAUUGGGCAGAUGCAGUGUGUUGUGUUGAGCAGUGUAUGGUAUUAGUAUGAUGGCAAAGGAGCAGUGCCUGCCAGGGAGAUGAGAAAUCUGCCAGAGACAGGUACCAAACUGUAUUCCACAACAGUUACUGUAGCUUGGCAAGAGUGGGCCAAAGUCUCUCCAUCAUUUGGCCUCAUGUCAUGCAGUCAUGUGAAAACUGGACCUUUGAAAUGCCAGAUAAAGUGACUAAACAAACAAACAAACGAUAUGACGGGAGGGAAAUGACUGAACUUAUGUGGUAAUUAAUUACAAAAAGUGUGCAUUGUACACACACUUAUGAAUAGGGCUUAAUGUACCAGGUUCAGACCUGGAACUCAUCAGUGUUUAAGGGAUAUUUGAAAUAAAAGAUUGGUGGGUCUGAAUA